AAUAAGAACAACUAUAUCCUAUAAAACCCACUACUUGUCCCAUCUUAAAACACCAAGCAGAGUCCUAAACUACAACAGGAAAUAUAAUAUUACGUAACACGCUACUGCAAAGCAAAGGGAAUGGCGUCGUCUUCUUCGGCUCUCUCAAGACUCUCUAAUCUCCGCGGACACUUACAUCCCUCGCACUCAAAUAAGGGUGGUGUGGGGUUUAUCAAGAUUUCUCCAGAGGUUUCUGAAGCUUUGUCAAAUGGCCAUGCUGUUGUUGCUCUUGAAUCCACCAUUAUUUCCCAUGGGAUGCCCUAUCCUAAGAACUUGGAAACCGCAAGGCAAGUUGAGGCAGUUGUGAGGGAAAAUGGAGCUGUUCCUGCCACGAUUGCUAUUUUGGAUGGCAUACCUUGUGUAGGUCUGAGUAUGGAAGAACUGGAGAAGCUUGCCAAUCUCGGACCCAGAGCUCAGAAGACAGCUCGAAGAGACAUCGCACAUGUUGUGGCAACCAGAGGGAAUGGAGCAACUACUGUUUCUGCAACCAUGUUUUUUGCUUCUAUGGUUGGCAUACCAUUGUUUGUUACUGGAGGGAUUGGAGGAGUACAUAGACAUGGCGAGCAUACAAUGGACAUAUCCUCUGAUCUUACUGAGCUUGGAAGGACACCAGUAGCUGUCAUCUCUGCUGGUGUAAAAUCAAUAUUGGAUAUCCCAAGGACCCUUGAAUAUUUGGAAACUCAGGGAGUUUGUGUUGCUGCUUAUAGGACCAAUGAAUUUCCAGCAUUUUUCUCUGAAACAAGUGGUUGCAAGGUGCCUUGCCGUGUAGAUACCCCAGAAGACUGUGCUCAGCUUAUAGAUGCGAACCUGAAACUUGAGCUUGGAACUGGAAUUUUGAUUGCCGUUCCAAUUCCUAAAGAGCACGCAGCUUCUGGAAGGUUAAUUGAGUCUGCAAUAAAGAGAGCUCUUGAAGAAGCUAGGGAUAAGAACAUAAUUGGAAAUGCUGCAACUCCAUUUUUGCUUGCAAGAGUGAAUGAAUUAACUGGAGGAGCUUCUCUGGCUUCAAACAUUGCACUGGUGAAGAACAAUGCACUUGUUGGUGCUAAAAUUUCCGUAGCACUUGUGCAGAUUAAAGAACGUGAAAAUAAAGGUGGUGUGAAGACGACGCUAUAGGCCUCAAAAUGUUUCAACCCAGAUCUGUGACGAUGAAAUGGCCAAUGUGUGAGUUUCUCAUCCGAAAAUGUACAUUUAGUUGCUCUCGUCAGAAAAUGUACAUUAGUUGCCAUGAUACCCAUUUAAGCUAUGGUACAAGUAUUCUUCGCUGAACACUGCAUCUUCCUACCCAAGAAAAAUAAUUACACUCAAAAUUGUGUUGGUUGGAUGGUUUAUAUGCAUUUCUGAUUUUAAUAAAAAAAAAAAUUUGUGAA